AAGAAGAAAGAAAAAGAAAAGAAAAAAAGAAGCUGGUAGAGCUAUACUCAACCCCAGACCUCCCUGUCCUUUCCAUUCACUGGAGUCCUCUGACCCAGACCCCUGCCCGGGCCUGCUUCCUUCAUGCUGUUUCCACGAGACAUGCAUCAUCACUCUCUUCUCUGUUCUUUAGUCAUCAAUACCCGCCCCCCAGGCUCCUCCUCCUCCAUCUCCCCUUCCAGAGGUUUGGCCCAAACAAGGCUGCUGAGUAACUCCCCUGAUUAAACCAUUGCGUGGUUGCCAGUUGCAGCACCCGGGAUGUCAAGGAGUUCUCCAGAGACCUCCUUCCCAGCUCCCUAGGCGUGAGCACCCUCUGGGCAGUGCCCCCACCCACAUUCCCUAACAGGAGUUCUGAGCAGCCACCCCAAACGGGACAAAAGUUCCUGGGAAAGGAGGCUCUCCGGGCUGAAAACUGAGCUACGAGUGCAAGAAUCGGCUGCGCUGGGGGCCAGGGAGGAGUUCUGCUUCUAGCCUAUCUUUGGUGCCCCCUGCUGGGAAAAGCUGGGUGCAGAAAACAGGAACACUUGCACUGGGGAAUCGGGCUGGGGCUGUAGGUCUCAAAUGGGACCUCUGAGGCAUGAGAUGAAUUCAUACCAAAGCCGGACCCUGGAGGGAUGAGGAAGAGCCAGUCACCUAAAAAGCUCCAGCUGUGGGACCUCGAAGAGUGCUUUGGAAAGGGCUUCUUCUCUGCUUGGCACCCCAAGGAAGCUGGGGAGAGGUCUUCGCUCCGGAUGAGAUGGGGCGAGGAGGAGGAGGAGGUUCAAGAGACCUUGCUCAUGCCCUGAGAGCCUGCGCUGCCUCUGUCAUGCGCCCCUCAGGGCCGUCUCCUGAUUUUCUUUGAGUCGGAGAGAUUGCACACAGCAGAAGGAUCUGAUCUGACUGUUGGCUCAUCUGCACUGCCAGCCCCCGAGCCUCGUCCCAUUUCAGUGACAAGGCAAGUGUGAAAAAUGGAGCAUGAUGGAGACGUCACAAGACCUCCCAGGCCCUCGACUGGAGCCGCAGCUCUCAAUGCAGCUGGAAUUGCCAGGGGCAAUGCGCCAGGAGGAACAGACCAGCUACAUGGUGGUGCAGACAAGCGAGGAGGGGCUGGCGGCGGACGCCGAGCUCCCGGGACCGCUCCUGAUGCUGGCCCAGAACUGUGCCGUCAUGCACAACCUGCUGGGCCCUGCCUGCAUUUUCCUGCGCAAGGGCUUCGCCGAGAACAGGCAGCCUGAUAGAUCACUGCGACCAGAGGAAAUUGAAGAGCUCCGAGAGGCCUUCAGAGAGUUCGACAAGGACAAGGAUGGCUACAUCAACUGUCGGGACCUGGGCAACUGCAUGCGCACCAUGGGCUACAUGCCCACCGAGAUGGAGCUCAUCGAGCUGUCCCAGCAGAUCAACAUGAACCUGGGUGGCCAUGUAGAUUUUGAUGACUUCGUGGAGCUAAUGGGGCCGAAACUCCUGGCAGAGACAGCAGAUAUGAUUGGUGUAAAGGAACUGCGAGAUGCUUUCCGAGAGUUUGACACGAAUGGUGAUGGGGAAAUAAGCACCAGUGAGCUGCGAGAGGCCAUGAGGAAGCUCCUGGGUCAUCAGGUGGGACACCGAGACAUAGAGGAAAUUAUCCGAGAUGUGGACCUCAAUGGAGAUGGACGAGUGGACUUUGAAGAGUUUGUCCGGAUGAUGUCCCGUUGAGGCCGUGAGGGCCCCUCCAGGACUGCCAAGCUCCCAAGGCGGGGCGAAGAGGAGCCAGAGCUGGCCUCACCCACCGUAGCCGCCAAGAGCCCAGGAUGUACUGUCGGAUGGGGCCUGCCUGCACCCCGGGGAGGCGCCCACCCCGGACCCCCACCCCUCCGCACUGUGAAAGACUAACUCCUGCAACUGGAAAGCGGGGGCGCCCGCCGACGAGGAGGCCACCGUGCCAAGCCGGCAGAGGUCAUGCCAGGCGCCAAGUGCCAUGUGCCCAGCUGCUGCUGGCUGGGUGGGCCAGGAAGCCUACCAGCAGACCCCACACAGCAUGUCUGCCCCAGGGCAAAGCCUCCCUCCUUCGCUCUGCGCCCGUCCCAGCUCGCCUCAGCCCUGUUAUCUCAGAACCAAUAAAAAUAUUUCCAAGAGCAA